CUAUUUUGUCACAUGUCACAGCGUCUAGUUACUGUAGUGACGGUGUGUCCAUUUCACUGCGACAGGUGUAUUACUAUACAAAUUAUAUACAGGGAUCGUCUGCGACAGAAGUGUCGCCUGACUUCGCUGCGACGCUUUCUUCAUCUCCAGCUCCACGUACAUGUACGCCUUAGGUCCAGGCCAAGCUUGGUGUGGGGCGGGCCUGCGCCAUGGCGGACUGGCCGGAGCUAAUUUCUAACAGUCAGUGGUUUGUGCUUCUCGUUCAGUUGAUCUGUAUUGUCUGAAGGCCUUAUUGUAUCAUCAUUUUGAUCUAUAUUAUAAUUUUAAACAAAAAUAUUGUUGGUCAGAGUAGAUCUGAGUGUCGAUCGAUCAAGAGAGUUGAUUAAGCCGAAUUGAAGUUGAACAUUAUUGGACUUUCACUUUCAACUUUUCAAGUUUUAUUAUUGUUAGGAAAGUAAGAUCAGAGAAUGGCUCAGUUGGAACUGGAUGUCUGCAAUACUACCCUCUUGACAGCUGUCUAUGCACAAAGUUGGCCAGCACCAUACACGAACAAUCCUCCUCGGAAAGGGUUCAUAGGUAAUCACUUGCGAGCAAACUCCCCUUGUGUCACAACACACCAACCAACGCCUACCAACGGUCACCGGGCACAGUCACCCAGAGCUCCCCGCAGAUCCUCUCCCCAUCCUCAUCACCAACAUCAUGGAGGGGUAGGGAGGGGCGUUAACAGUCUACAUCAUGGAAAUCAGGAAUUGUGCAUCAGUGGGAGAGGGGCUAAGGGGUUGGAGUGGGGUCAGUCGAAGGGAAGAGGAGAUGGAGUAAUCAGAAGCAAUGAUUUACCUCUUCACCUUGGACUUGACAAGGGAACGUUGCAGUGGAGAAGCUGGUCUUCUUUUAGACAAGAUAUAGAGACAGUUGAUGAUCAUAAAGAUGAUCUGUCACUAUACAAAAUAACCCAGGAUACCUUUCGUAAGCUGACCCAGCAGGUCAGUGAGGUCAGUGAACAUCUCAAUAGCAGAUAUGCUGUAUCAGGAUUUCAGGGUGUGAGGCGGAGUCAGUUGGCUGCUAGUCUUCCCUCCAGCCAUCCUAGUAUUCAGAACCACAAAGAGAGUGAGGGAGAUAUGGAUAGGUUUCAAUCUUCGCUUGCGAUCCAGUCAACGCCCUUCAAAGGUUCUCAAAGACAGAGACCAAAAUCUCAUCUGGUGACCUCUAAAAGGAACAAACUCCACCCACCACCUCGACCUCAUUCAAGUAUCAGUACGUCAACUCGGUCUAAAGGUCAUUAUGACCACCUGUCACCAGGCAUCAUAGGUCACUUCCAGGGAGAGGAAGAGGGGCAGAAAGAAACACCUUUGGCCGGUGGUGACCAAAAUCUUGGACCUUAUGAUAUCGUCAAAGACGAGUACAAGUUUGGCUCAGAUUCAGAAGAGUCAGAUGACCGUACUUUGGCUACAGAAGACUUUCGAGAUGAGGAUGACGAUGAUGUUGGAAAUCACUCCAUGGGGUCUAUGGAUAUGGAUUCCUCCGAGGACGAGAUGGAGAUAAAUGAAAGGAUAGAGAGGAUACGGACCCAUCGUGAAAAGAUGCAGAGGAAAUUGAUGCGUCUAGACCUUCCACCAGAAGUGCUGACAGGGGAUAUUGACUGUAUGUUUCCAUACAGUGGUUCCACUGCAAGCAAGAAGAAGAAGCAGGACCCUUUUGCGGAGGCUUUGAGUGCACCUUACUGCCAUAUGGACCUCUUGGAGCUAAGUAUGUUGGACAAAGAUUGGAGGACUAUCAUCCGGACGGCUCCGGACAAGGAUGAUGCAAUCCUGAUGGAGAGGAUGAUCGAGAUGGAGAAGCUUCAAUAUGAGACUGCAGAAUGGGAGAGUGUGGUUUCCUCUCCAAGAAGAAGAUGCCAAUCUGCCCUCCAGAUUAGGAAAGGUUGGAAUGCUGAUGCUGCUGUUCCAACAGAGAGGGCUCAUAGUGCACUUGGGAAACCCAAACAGAGUAAGAACUGUUGUGAUCAAUGCCUGCAGCUUGUAUGUGCAGGAGAUUGUCCAAGUAAAAUUGCAGCUUCAUACAACUCCUGUGUUCACUGCCGUCAGCCUUACUGCAACGGCGUCUGCACUGACUUUGGUUACCACCUUCACAUCAGGUAUGCCAGGCAAGAGGAAAAAAAAAAGAGAAGGCCUAAAUCCUGUCAUACCUGCCGGAGAAGCAGAACACCAAACAAUGCAAUAAAUACCAACAAUGUCAUCCUCGGACGACCACGCUCUGGGUUCGCUACAUACAGCAGUUCCAGAGUGCAGAGUGCCAAAACCAAAAGGAUGACCGUUGCUUCCACAGAUGGAGCGGAGCAUGUUUCUAACAGGAUGGAGAAGCUGAGGCUGUCUGCUCGUAAGUACAAAGAGAACAGUGGUGAUGAGGAUGAUGGUGAGGUGAAGUCAAAGAAACAGAGACCAAGGACAGCCGGAUCAAAGAGACAGAUCAAAGGGAGGGAUGCCAUGAUAUCAGGGAAGAGCUAUCAAUCCCAACGAAGGUUCUCUCUUACAGAAGAUCCUGUUACCACCACUGCUGCUAGUAUGAACCCUAAGGUACUUAGGGUGAGAUCCGCACAUUACAGGACGCACAAGGCAAGACAGAAGACAAGAAAAGCAAAGAAAAAGUGAUGAUAAAGAUUACUUUGUAUCCAGGUUGGUUUGAUGUGCUGGUAGGUUUAUGUUGGAAUAUCCAGGGUGAAGGCUGCAUAAAAAAGUUAAGUUUGCUUGAGUUUUGACUUUUCCACCAGAUUUCAGCUCUGUGUCUGUCUUGCAAAAGGGCUACACUUUUAACAGUCAUGGAAUCUGCUUUUGUGAGUUUAGUUUUGAAAUGGCCUGCACUUUUAUUCGGUCCAACAAAUUAUUUUGAACAGUAUGUUUUGGAAGUUUUAGCCCUUUAAAAAAGAAACAGUCUUUUCGUUCACUGCACCAACCGUCACUAUAUAAUUUAUAAUAAGGCACUCCUCUCAUGCAUUCACAAGGAUGUCACUCAAUAUCCAUUGGUAACGAUGAUCAUUCUGCAACCUACAUUUGAUUCCUUAUUCAGUGGUGUUUGUUCAUUUUCAGCUAUUUAUUGCCUGUCUUUGCACAAGAUCUUGGCCUUUUGAAGUACACCUAUAUUUUUUUCAUGGAUAGCACAAGGUCAUUUAAUUUAUUUAAAAAAAACAGCAUUUUUUUUCAAUAUAGGACCAGAAAAAACACCUGCUCAUGAAAAGUCCCUUUUUUUUUCAAAAUUGCAUACAAGUCAUGGUAAUGAACUUACUCAAGAUUAUCUAUCCUACUAGAAAUAUGAAGGGCCAUGCAUACAGAGUACGCACAAAAUCUCUUUUUUAUAAGAGUUGCAUUUAUUGUAUCUUCUAUCUGAGUGGGUUUUGAUUUGGAAUGAUCCUUGAGUGAUCACAAAAAGCAUAAGAGUGUAAGUAAAAAUCUGAAAAUGAAAUAGCUCACAUACUUUUUUUGCAGAGGUCAGCUAUAAGAAACAACUGAAGGUAAGCUGAAGAUCAAUAGCAAACAUUGCUGAAAUCAACAAAAAAUGUUUGAAAAACUCUCGCACACCUGACUUAAAGUAUAUGUAACUUUUUUUCGUGUUCAAUCUUUAUCAAAGGUUUAACCUAGUCAGUUCCUGUCACAGAAAUGGCCAAAGUUUUCAUGUACCACAUGCUGCAUUGAUUUUUUUUGUAAUUAAUAAUGGAAUAAUAAUCAUUGCAACUUGCAAGAAAUUAUUUUCUAAUAGGAAAAUAAUGUACUAAUUGUUUUCAUCAAUGUCAAAAUGUGCACUCUCUGUGUGAAAGUGUGACAAACAAAUGCCUAUUCAGAUUUUCUACACAUUGCAAUAAUCACAAAAUGCAGAGAAAACCUGCAACUGUUUGGAGUUUGGGAGUUAUUCAUUUUAAUAUCAUGUUUUCCUUUGGAUAAUAUGAAAAUAGUUUAGAAAUUUGAGGCACAGGAAUUACAUUUUUGUGCAUGAUAAAUAAGUGCAUAGCUUUAGGACCCCUUUCAGCAUCGCGGUGACAUACAGGUUUGCGGAAAACAUGGCGUGAUAUUCGUGUUAGUGAGUUUUGCGAUAUGUUCUUCCUUGAUGAUCUUUAAAAUAUUUACCUCAAAUUAGAGCAAGACAAUCUGCUCGAAUAUGAAAAUUGUCAUAGUUGUUAUGUGUAAACAAAGUGUGCAUCUUUAGUAUCCCCCCCCCCCUCCAUCAUACAAUCACAUGAAUAACUAAGUGAAAUUCUCAGUGACAGUGGGUGAUUUUGAGUUCAGUGUCAAUCUUUUGGUGUUAGUGUUGGUGUUGCGUCCAUUUUUACAUUGGCGCAGCACUGAAUUGUAAAUGAAUCUGAUCCUGGGGUGAGUCUUAGUAGGUGUUAAUGCUAUAGAUAAUGUCAAUUUGAUAAUUUGUGUAAACUCUCAAAGGUUUUGGAGCUAAGGGGGCAAGGAAAGGCAAUAUAAACUGUGCUUCAAACACCACCACCAAUGCUGACUUGAUACUACAUCGGAAAGUCACCCAAUGAUGCUACAGAAAAGUGUGUUCCUGAGUACUAUGUCUGGCCUCACCAAAGAUGACACUAUGGCCUCAGUAACAUAGCGAUUGAUCGUACGCAGUGAUCAAUGCAAUCAAUUAUAGGAAUCAGCUCCAUGGUCAAUCGGCAUUGCUAAGCUUUAUGUUACGGGCCCAGUGUGAUCUUUAUUUACCUACAAACACUGCGGGUGUUUCACAAAGAUUUAAGUGUUGACUUAGAAUUGAAGUUAAAUUCAAGAAUUGUUCGUUACAAUGUAAUGCAUCCCCUGCAUUGGUAAGAUUAUGCGCAUGAGACACGCAAUGCACCAUAUCCGUCCAUCAGAUUAGGCAUUGAAUAACACAUACACCUCGGUGUUUAAACAAUACUUACAACUCUUUGUAGUACAUCCCCUGGUGUAUUUUUUAAAUAUCAUAUUGAUUUGCAGUGUAUGUGUAUUUAUUUCUGCAUUAUCACACUAGGAAUUGCAAAUUUGGACCUUGUGUGAAACAUUAAAUCAAAUUAUAUGUAGUUAAAUUGAACAGUAUGUAGUAGGGGGAAAUUACAUAGAGGCUUGUGGCGAUGUUGCCCUGAAAUGCUCUGAAUAUCCCCAUUCAUUGCAAUGUUACAGCUAGUCCAAUGUUGGAAAUAUAGGCAGUAGGUUGUGAGGAGUAGCCCCAACAAAAAUGAAUACUUUUUUUUGCCUGGUAUGUAGAUCAAAAUUAAUAUUAUUCAAAGCUUGCUUGAAUUACAAGGCCUAGAGUUUAAUCAAUCAUCCAAUUUAAUGAUGAUAAUAAUGAUUGUGAUAAUGAUGGAUGGAACGAUAACUACUGGAUUGUCCUUUUCUUACAGAAAAGUACCAAUCAUAAGAAUUUUUACACGAUAGUAUUUUUAGUGAAACUCUCAGACACUGAUCUAACACCUGAGAUGGUGCCCUCGUUGAUUGCUAGUUGUGAGUUUUUUUUACGAACAAACUGUAUUUCUUCAUUAAUUUUCAUGCCUUUUGUCACUACUAGGAACUGCAACACCAAAUCAUUAACUAAGCCUAAGAACUACCCAAGUGUCUAGAAAUAUCAUGUG